ACGCAGCUCCGACUCCGGCUCCGUGCAAGCGACGCGCCAGGACAUGAACGGAAGCCGUUAACCUUCAGUUCGCUGUUGACGGCGUUUUGGAACCAUCAACACCGCUUCCGGGCACAAUCAUACAGAAUGGCUGCCCUCCGGAGAGCCAUUUCUCUCAAUGCCGCCGCCAUGGCGAUGCGGCAUGGCCGGAUCUCGAUGGCUCGCACGCGAUUAGUAUCGGUACCUGCGACUAGAUUCCGCAACUGUAUCUCGACCAGCGCCCGACAGCAACAGACUUUCCAGACGCAAAAUGAUAGCAUCACAAUUCAAUCCGCCUCUAAGCCCUCCCCGGCCUCUGCCGCCCCGGUCAACCGCCAGACGAUUACCGAGAAGAUUAUACAGCGUCACGCAAUUGGCCUCCGUGAAGACAGAAAAGUCAAAGCUGGGGAUUAUGUUACAUUACGGCCGCAUCGGUCAAUGACACACGAUAAUUCAUGGCCUGUGAUUACCAAGUUUAUGGAGAUGGGCGCCUCCAAGGUCAAUGAUAAUAAACAAGUUGUUAUGACGUUGGAUCAUGAUGUCUCGAAUCACAGUGAACAGAACUUGAAGAAAUACGCGCGGAUCGAGGAGUUUGCCAAAAAGCAUGGAAUUGAUUUUUAUCCUGCCAAGCACGGAAUCGGGCACCAGAUCAUGGUGGAAGAAGGCUAUGCCUGGCCAGGGACCGUUGCUGUUGCUAGCGACAGUCAUUCGCCCAUUUAUGGUGGUAUAGGGUGUCUCGGGACGGCCAUAGUAAGGAGCGAUGCGGCGUCUGUUCUUGCGACCUCGCAAGUAUUCUGGCAGAUUCCACCCAUCGCCAAAAUCACUUUGACGGGUAUCCUGCCACCGGGCGUCACAGGCAAAGACACAAUUCUUGCCCUGUGUGCUAUGCUCCAGUCCGAAGUGCUCAACCACUGCGUAGAGUUCCACGGAUCCGAACAGACGCUGGCAAGCAUCCCCAUAUCGGACCGCCUCACGAUCAGUAAUAUGACCACAGAAUGGGGUGCUCUAUCAGGACUCUUCCCAGUUGAUGAUAUGCUUAUUUCGUGGUACCGUGCUAGAGCCACGGUUGCGGCCAUGUCUAAUAGCCCUACUAAGGAGCGUAUAAAUCACAAGCGGAUCGACGAGCUUUUGGAAAACCCUCUGACUGCUGAUCCCGGUGCUACAUAUGCUAAAGAAUUCUAUCUUAACCUAUCCACCCUUUCCCCCUUUGUCGCCGGACCCAACAGUGUCAAAAUUGCUAACCCUGUCAAGAAGCUCGAGUCGCAGAACAUCUCGAUAGACAAGGCUUAUCUUCUGAGUUGUACCAAUGGCAGGCAUGAGGAUUUUGCUGCCGCUGCUCGUGUUUUUCGCGAGGCUGGCAGCGACGGAAAGCCUGCUAAAGUUCACCCCAAUGUCAAGUUCUAUCUUGCACCAGCAUCCAUAGCUGAACAGCAAAUGGCAAAAGAGGCUGGAGACUGGCAGGUUCUUGAACAGUCAGGCGCUGUGUUAUUACCAGCAGGUUGCGGUGCUUGUAUUGGGCUUGGACCUGGUUUGCUCGAGGAAGGCGAAGUAGGGAUUUCGGCGUCAAAUCGCAACUAUAAGGGUCGGAUGGGUAGCCCCAAGGCACUGUGUUAUCUUGCCAGCCCUGAGGUAGUUGCUGCCAGUGCUAUUCAGGGCAAGAUUGCUAGUCCUGGUUGGUAUGUGAAGCCCGAAGGUGUGGAGAAGCCUAUCAUUGGUGAGGGCACCGGUGACUGGGCUGCCGACAGAGCUCGCUCUGCCGCGGAUGCUCUUGACCUGCUCAUUGGUGAUAUGGAGAGCAUGAUUCGCACGGCUGAAGGAGCCGCCGAAGAUUCGGCCUCUCCAGCAGCUACUGAGGCUGGAACCUUGACGGACAUCCUCCCGGGCUUCCCCGAGAAGAUUGAGGGAGAGAUUGUUUUCUGCGAUAAUGACAACAUCAAUACCGAUGGCAUCUAUCCCGGACGCUACACUUAUCAAGAUGACAUGACCCCAGAGCAAAUGGCUAAGGUGUGCAUGGAGAACUACGAUACCGAGUUUGGCAAGAUCAUCAAACCACAUGAUGUGCUCGUAGCGGGCUCAUCUUUUGGAUCAGGAAGUAGUAGAGAACAGGCCGCCACAUCGAUAUUAGCCAACCAAAUACCAUUAGUGGUAGCUUCAUCAUUCUCCUCCAUUUUUGGCCGUAAUAGCAUCAACAAUGCUCUUCUUACACUUGAACUUCCGAAAUUAGUCGAGCGGCUCCGCGAGGCGUUCAAGGACGACGCAGAGAAGCCGCUCACUCGACGCACAGGCUGGAAGCUACUGUGGGACGUCCGACGCUCUAAAGUCACGAUUACACAGAAAGACGGCAUCUCGUGGGAACAGAAGGUUGGUGAAAUGCCUCCUAGCGUUCAAGAAAUUGUCGCCAAGGGAGGCGUGGUCAAGUGGGUGCAGUCGAAAAUCCAGGCUUAGAAUGUAUAUAGAAUGUUAGAAAUGUCAUCAUAACAUGUCCUAGUAGUCCAGUUACCUUGAUUAAUUGAACAUGAGUUGUAUCCAUGAACCAACGUUGAGUACCUACCCAUGUACCUACUUACUUUGCCAACUGUUUUUGGCAACUGGAAGCGAUAUCGGACGUGCCCAGCUAGGUGGAUAUAUGCAUAUGCAAGGGUCAUGAGAGAUUUCGAGAUUCGCGAUUCGCAGUUACCAAUGACGAUCUGGAAC